UGCUGGAAAUUGCCGGCGUGACGUCGUCGUCCGAUAGAGAUUGACAGCCAGGUUGUCGGCUGGUAAGGCUUGUAGAGCACAACUGUCACCCACAAGCAGCCAGCGGAGCAUCAUGGCUCGCGUCUGACAGGCUCAGCUGACGCUCACAGCCAGUUGUGACCAAACAAAGUGCCAAUCAUACGAGGACACAACACCGACCACUCGAGGCGCCUCAUCAAGCACGACACGGCAGGCUGGGCGGCAUGAGGUCAGAACCAAGCGGGCAGCACUUGCCCAUGCUCACCUUUGACACACGCUUUGGCGAGAGCGAAUUUGAUCUCGAGCCUCGUCCGCCAAGACAGACUUACAGAGACUCUGGAGCUAGCUCGACCUACUCGCUCGAGCAAGACAGGCACAAGCAACGAGACGGUCUCCAGCCUCAUCGUCUGACUGCUCCGACUGCCUCUCCUAGCAUGGAAAGACCAGACUCGAUGGCCUACGAUCCCAGAGAGCGCUGGUCUGCUCACUCUGAACACCCCGCGCAGCACCCUUGGACAGAAACAAGACAUUACAACUAUUCCUCGCCAAAUCUCGCCAAAGAGCCAACGGAGGACCAGAUACCUAAUCUGGACGAUCUCGCGAUGGACUUUGAUCGCGCCGCACUGGGAUCCUCGACAGAUCGUGGCCUGCAAGGCUCCUCAGCUGACCGCGAUCGCACACAGACAAGACCGCGACUGCCUAAUCUACCUCCUAAUCAAUCCGGCCAUCAUGACGCUAGCUUGCCCACCGCGCAACUCGUCUCUGGCCAGCGACACAGCGCGGACAGCUCCCGAUCCAGCAACAGCAGUACACAGCGUCACAAUCUCGGGCUGGCAGAAGACGAUCUCUCGCCCGUCGACGAGGCACCACCGCCGAGCUACGGCGACACGCCUUUCCCAGACGAUCAAGAUCCUGCUGAAGCCACGCUGACUGUGCCACGAGGUGAUGCAGAGCGAGCACAGAGAGACCAGUUUCGCCGUUCUGAUAGCACAGCAAGCACAAAUUCGGGACUGCCUUAUGACCAUACGAGUUGGAACGCGAGCGACGAGGGCACCGUCGGCGGUUCGACACUGAACUCAACGUAUCAGCCUCGUCUUGCAGACUACCGAUCGAGUGCAACGCCUACCGUAGCGCAGGACGAGGAUGGAGAGGUAUACGAUGCGCAGCACUCUCGACGACUGCGAACGAUGAGCAGCAUGAGCGCGCAGAGCCUGCCUCGACCGCAGCCACGUCAUCCCCACGACAGCUAUGGCUACUCCCAGCAGCAGGAACGCCCCUACUCCGGCCAGCAGACGCCCAUGGCAGGUCCCAGUCGAGCACCCUACAAUGGCCAAUCGCAGAACAUGGUCAAGAACGGUAGCGGACCGGGUCCAUAUUCUCCUCAACCGAUGCAACAGGCUUUCAUGCCACACCAACAGCAGAACCAAUACUACCAGCCGUCCACAGAGCAGAUGUCGAUGCCUGUGUUUAAUCCUGCAAUGAGUCAUCUCGGCCCUUCAGGUCAGCCCAUGCAUCCUGCUAUGUUGCGCAGCGCAGCCUCUGCAUCAUCGCUCCGGACCGGGCUGCCUCCGCCAGGUAGCGGACCAGUCAGACAAGCGCCUGCUGGCUAUGGGGUGAUGCCUCCGCCUCCACCCGCCCAGGCGCCAGCAUCACGGCGACCAGCAAGUCAGCAGACUCUUGCCCCUGUCACCAAGCAGUCCAUUGACGAAUACAGAAAUCGCAUCAAGGCAGAUCCUGAUCCUGAAGCGCAGUUCAAUUUUGCGAAAUAUCUCAUCGAAGCUGCGCGCCGCAUAGCGAGAGCAGGCUCAAAGGAUCGAGAUGACAUGAAGAACAACAAGAAGUAUCGAGACGCAUUGCUUGCAGAGUCACUCAAACUCAUCAAGAAGCUUGCUACGCAAGGCACGGGCGUCAGCAAGACGGCCUACGCGGAUGCCCAGUUUUUUCUUGCAAAUUGUCUUGGCAACGGUUCGCUUGGAUUGCAAGUCGACAUGGAAAAGGCCUACAACCUCUACGUACAGGCGUCGAAGCAGAACCAUCCUGCAGCAACAUAUCGCACAGCAGUCUGCAAUGAAGUGGGAGCAGGCACGCGCAAAGACCCCAAUCGAGCCGUUCUCUUCUAUCGCAAGGCCUGCGCGCUUGGAGACACGGCGGCCAUGUACAAGCUCGGCAUGAUCUUACUUAACGGUCUGCUCGGACAGCCUCGCAACCUCCGCGAUGCCCUCGCUUGGCUUCGAAGAUCAGCAGCACAAGCGGAUGAAGAUAACCCUCACGCGCUGCACGAACUUGGCUUGCUUUACUCUCGCAUACCACUCAAAGGCGAUACCCCCGGUCUCUACAAUGAGCUUUCUGCUCGUGAAUGCUUUUCGCAAGCUGCUCAGCUUGGCUACCCUCCGUCACAGUACAAGCUUGGCUCAUGCUACGAGUUCGGCGCGCUUGGGUGUCCUGUCGAUCCUCGACGCUCGAUCGCUUGGUAUACACGUGCUGCUGAACGCAACGACCCCGAGUCAGAGCUAGCACUAUCUGGCUGGUAUCUCACCGGCUCGGAUGGUGUGCUUCAGCAAAGCGACACUGAAGCCUAUCUGUGGGCUAGACGAGCUGCAAAUAAAGGCUUGCCAAAGGCCGAAUUUGCAUGCGCAUACUAUCACGAGAUGGGCAUUGGGGUGAAGCCAGAUCAGGACGAGGCGAGGCGCUGGUAUAUGCGUGCAGCAGCUCAAAACAACAAGCGAGCUAUGCAGAGACUCACAGAGCUCAAGAAGCUCGGCACGCAGCAACGAGCUGGUAAGCAGGGUCGCACGGCCAAGCCAACGCGCCAGGAUGCAGAGAAGGAAUGCGUCAUCAUGUAGUUACAUUGCAUUAACGGAUCAAAAUGGCUUUGUCUCUCUCUGCAGCCACUUGUAUGCGCGAGGAUCGCUGUCCUUAAGGAGCGGCGAAAGCUUCUCCAGUACCUCCUUAUGAUAUUCAUUGACCCACUGAACCUCUUGCGGUGUCAGCAAGCUCUUGUCGAUCAGACUCGUCUGAAUGGGACACUGUUGUAUAUGGGGCGUCAGCAGCGAACAUGCUGAUGACGCGUGG